AUGCUUCGAUUGGUUUCUGGAAAGGGAUAUGUCUUUUGUCCAGGGUUUCCGGAGAAAUUUGUGGUAGGAAAGGCAUGUGGAAAAUUUGUAGUUUUACACAAAGUUCCUUUUAAGCGCUACCAGUCGACACACUGCCUAGUGUAUUACAAAGGCCAGGGAAAUCAGCAAAUCCGGGUUAAUUCAUCCCUCUGCGCCCUUUGCCCCCGAUGUUUGCAAGCAGCAAAGUCCAUCUUUGCGCUGCCUAAUUUUUCUGCUGAUGCUAGUACAGCUACUGUUCACAUGCCAUUACAGUUAGAGAAUCACAGGCAGCCGAAAUCUGAGCAGAAAACCAUUACAUGCAGCAACAACACAACAGAUGUGGCCAUCCCACUGAGAGGUGAAAAAUCCUCAGCCAACCAACUUGCAGCAGACCAUAUGAAUGGAUUAUCUUCACAAAGAGAUUGUCUCGGCAGCACAGAUUCUUCAUUCUCCAGCGAACCACAUAACAGGGCAAACUUUAGCAGCAAACAUCACAUAUCAGAGCUAGAUGUGAAUGGUAACACAGAGGCUGCAGGAUCUCUCUCAGAUCUAGACAGGAGAUCUAAGGAUAGCAACAGGCACUCCAACGUUGAUGCUAAAAUACAGGUGCUGACACAAGUGUUGACCAACUUAAUGCAAGUCCAGUGUCAACAGAAAUCAGUGGAUGUUAAUCUUAGGGUCCCAGAGCUGGCAGGUUAG